AGGACGCGAAGAAGAAGAAGAAGAAUCGGCUCGUCUUCCUCCUCAGAAGCUAAAAGAAAGGAACUUCGACCUCUAUUUGUACCAGCUUUUUCUUUAGUCCAAGCGUAAAACGGUGGAAAUUGUUUCUAUUUGGACUUGAAAUUUAGGAGGACUAAGGUGGGAUAAAUUCUUACAAACAUGUGGAACGGCCCAGGACCCGGUCCAAGGGGGGGACCCCCGUUUCGAGGGGAUCACCGUGGAGAAAUGUUUGGAGGCAGAGAAGGUUUUCCGCCAGAUUUCCGAGCUAGAGACGGGAUGAACUUUGGUCCGAUGGGUCACAUGGGUCCACGGCCUCACCCACCUAUGGACAUGAGGAGGAUGGGAGGGCCGCCCAUGAGGGGGCGGGACUUAGACCUACAUGAAAUGCAUGAAAGGGAAGCCGGCAGAGAUUUCUUCAGGCCACGAAACGAGCCAGACAUGAGUUUUGGGCGACACUUUGACAUGCCGAUGAGAGACAAACCCAUGAAUCCACCAGGAUUCCCCGGACCAGGCAGGGAUUUAGACAACAUGGGGGGGAGAGGGAUGCCUUCACGGGAACCGAACCACAGAUUUAUGGACAUGAGAGACAGAGAUCCGCUUCACUCCGACAUGCCAAGGUUUGGGAAUCCAGACGGAAGAAGAGGGUUUCCCGCGGAUAGAAAUGAGCCUUUCAGGGACAUGUACGACAGGCCUCCUAUGGGUCCUGGGAGCGCCGAUCCCUUCAAUAUGGACUUGCCUCCACAUGAAAGGAGAAUGAUGGACACAGACAGACGAGGACCGCCCCCCUUUAAUCCAAGAGGCCGAUUUGAUUCUGAUAUGGACUUCAGGAAUCGACCAGGUCCACCUGUCGAGUUCAGAGGCAGAGAUCGCUCUCCGUUACAGUUUGGAAAGAAUGACGUUCCGCUCGUGGACGAGGAAAGACCAGACCUACCUUCAAAUGUUGUUCCUCCUAAGAGAUCGGAGUUCUUAGCCGAUGAGGACGACAUGAGCCGAAGAGGGAAUCUGGAUUCAAGUGGCAGUCCUUUCAUGGAUUAUCGGAGUGGUGAGGAAUUGACUCUCGCUGAAGAAUGGAAGAACCGUCAAAAAGACAGGAAUCCAUAUGUGGAUAAAGACGUCGGGAGCAUCCCUGAGCCCACGUUCCCACCAGAUUUUGGCAGAAAUUUGGGCCCAAGAGAUCCACCUCCUUUUAGUGACAGAGAAAAGCCAGGUUUAGGCUUCCCGGGAAAAGAUGCUAGUUUCCCACGCAGGGAUCGCUUUCCUCCACUAGAUAUGCCACCUGUUGGCAACAAAGGUCCACAAGGAUGUCCUCUUCCCGAAAUGAGUCCUCUGAGUGGCCAUCUGAAUAGAGACAGUAAGCCGUGGCUUGAAGAAAAGGACCCCAAAUAUCCUCCGAGCAAAGUGAGCGGUGCAGAAAUGCCUCCUUAUCAGAAGAAGAAUCUGCCCCCGCAUGAAGGUCCGGAUCCAAGCGGGGGCUUUAAAGGGAUGAAGGAUCUGCCGCACAGCCAAAGUCCUUCCACGGUUACACUAAGAGGAGAGCAUGAGUUCCAGAGCAGCUCUGCACAGGCCAGAGACCAGGACUACAGGGACAUCGAUUACCGGACGGCAACUGGAAGAGUAUUUGAAUACAAACACAAAGAACUUCAACCACCAGAGGGUCUCAACAAAGACUCCAAACCAGUUCCUCCUUCAGAGUUCACCGAUUCUGCCUCCCAGGAUCAAGAUUACAGGAAUGCAUCAAUGGAGGAGAAAGUUUCAAAUAUUAUAUCCGUAACGGGAAUUCCAAAGUCUGCAACAAUGGAACAGAUUCUCGGUGCCUUUGCGGUCCGUGACGGUGUGCCAAUGCAGGGAAUGAAAAUCAAAACGGUCAUCCCAGGUUACAGCUACGAUAUGGCCUAUGUGGAGUUUUUAAACCUCGAGGAUGCAGUCCACUUCAUGGAGUCCAACAAGGCUUCUCUAAAAGUUGGCAAUAGAACAGUUUCCUUGAAGUAUAUCCAGCCAGACGAAUGCGAAAGAAGUCUUCAGAAAUCAAAUCAAGCAGUACCUCAAACUCUGGACCCCCAGUUGCCCAAAUUAAACAAGUCCCCAGAGGAGAUGGAUGACACCUUUAAUGGCUCCGCCCCAAAAGAUGUAAUGGAGCAGUCGUUCCAGGACCAGUGGCAGCGGAGCUCUGACCUGACUCCAGAGGCCUGGCAGCAGCAGGUGGACCAGCAGCUGCUGGAGGAAGCGGGCGAGAGCGGCCUUCCUCAGAGCGGCUCGGACCAGGCGCCGUCCGUGUUCAAAGACAGUAAAACCAUGAUCAUAAAAAAUGUGAAGUUUACCACCACAGUGGAGAGCAUCCUCAAGGCUUUGGAUCCGUUUGCAUAUCUGGAUGAGAGGAAUGUUCGUCUGGUGAAAAACGUCCGUCUGAUGAAAUGCUUCUGCUUCGUAGACAUGGACUCCCAUGAGCAAGUGACUCGUCUGGUGGAGCUCCUCACCAAACCCCGACCCCUUUAUAUCGACGGAGUCCGAGUUUAUGCUGAGGUAGCAAAACCCCUGAAAAACCAGAGUUUUAGAAGAGGUUUAGAGAAACCGAACUCUUCAGUUCUUGGGUUUCCACCUGACAACAGCAUCUCGCAGCAGCCGUACUCACAUCCUCCACCCUUCAUGCCACCUCUGCAUCCUCCUGUGGAUCCAGCAUCUAGAAUAGAAGGUUUUUCUUCAGGUAGUGUGAUGAGUGGCAGCAAUAGUUCAGAUCCAGCAUCAAAUCCUAGCAUGAAUCAGGCAAUUGGCUACAAUGAAGCUGCAGCUGUCGCUCCGUUCUAUCAGGGCGGCGCUCCUCCUUUCCCUGAAGACCCAGCAGGGGCUACUUCCACUCCGGACGCGUCGCAGGUUUAUAUUUAUGGCUCUGAGACUCCGGACAUGUCAAGCUACUUAUACGAUUCAACGUCGGGCUUCUACUACGACCCGGAAACGACACUGUACUACGAUCCACACUCGAGGUAUUUUUACAACGCCCAGACUCAAGAGUACCUGUACUGGGACGCUGCCUCAAAGACCUACAUCCCGGUUCCUGGAGGUUACUCCUCAGACUCCCAGCCUGUGAUGAUGACCGCUGAGGAUCAGGCCAUUCUUUCCAACCCAGCAGCAGACGCUCCUCUGGAGAUGAAGAAACCAUCCGUGGCUCCAGAGGUGUUGCCGGCUCCGGCUUUAGCUGCCAGCUCCCCUCCAGAAGCCGUCCCAGCAGCCACGGCGACUCCAGACAAGAAGGAAGAAGAUGAAGCUGCUAAGAAGGAUAAAGAGAAGGACAACAAAGACGAAAAGCCAAAAAGUCUGGCUGCUGUCAAAAUCAUGAAAGACAUGGAACGCUGGGCGAAGAUCCAGAACCAGAAGAAGGAAAGUUGUCGUCCUCCGCUCCCGUCUCCAGUUCUGAAGACGGGAGCGGAGGACGACAAGAGGCAGUCCAAGUCUGCAGACGUGGCUUUCGCCGUGUUUGAAAGGAAGAUCUCAGGCAGUGAGGAUCUUUUCAAGAAGCCUGUAGCUCCUGCUAAGAAAGACGAAAAGUCAAAGCGGCCUAUCGGCUCUUUGGGAAUGCUGGCAUCAGAAUACGCAGCAGGAAGUGAUGAAGAGGUGGAGGAAGAUCACGAAGAAGCAGCAAAAAUCAGCCAGCCCAGCCGGCCGGAGGAGAAGGAGGACAAGCUGACAGACUGGAAGAAGAUGGCCUGUUUGCUGUGCAGGAGGCAGUUCCCCAACAAGGACGCUUUGGUUCGCCAUCAGCAGCUGUCUGACCUACAUAAACAAAACAUGGAGAUCCACCUCAAGAUUAAGAGGUCAAAGAAGGAGCUCGAAGCUUUGGAGAACCAGGAAAAGGAACUGAAUGCAAGAGAAACUACUAAAUCACCAGAACCAAAAAGAAGGAAGCAUCAUCAUCAGCAGGCGCAGCAUCAGAACAUGUGGGCUGGAAGUUCCAGAGAAAUGAACAAAGUCAGUGAAAGGCCUGGACUGGGGGCUGAACCAGUUCAACCGAGGAAGAAGAAGGAGCCGGUCGUUUGGGACCACGCCACCUACAAACAAGCAGUCCGCAAAGCCAUGUUCGCUCGGUUCAAGGAGCUGGACUGAAAUCACCUGAACACAUCUUUAUUUUUAAAUGUGAAACUUUCAUUAGUGACACGAGGAAUCCUUUUUUGUUUUUGCUUUCUGACACUCGGUUUAUACAGUUCAAAUAAAAAUGACAAAUUAUGAGGGUUAAAGCUGUCUUCAAAACUGAAACUAUACUGCUACGAAUUUUGUACAAAAAAGUGAAAAAUAAUUAAGAUGUUUUUUUUGUCAGUGUUUUCAUGUGGCCAGUGUGACUGGCCACAUGAACUGUGAAAUGUCUUUGUUUUUCCUCUCCAAACACUUCAGUCAUUUUGGCCACAUUUUGUUUGUAACUAAGACAUUUUUAGGUUUUCAUUUUCACGGAUCAACUGUUCAUUUUAGUAAAAAUGGAGAAAAGAAUUA